CCUUUGAUGCGAGUCGAAUGAGCCAAGCCCUAGAAUAGAGCGCGGUGCUUCGCAUAUGAGAGCUCCUUCUCCGUCUAUUGAAUUCCGUGAUUUUGCUCGUGGAAGUGUCUGUUUGUGGAUCGAUUGCGAGUGCAGGCCGGAUCUCCACCUAGUAUUUAUUAGGUGUCAUAGCUAGGGGCUGCAUACGGCAUAGUCAGUAUGAGCUCUUCAGACAGGGGAGGUAUUCAGGCGCUCCUUGCUGCCGAGCAAGAUGCUCAACAUAUUGUGUCCAACGCUCGAGCUGCCAAAACUGCAAGACUGAGGCAAGCCAAGGAAGAAGCUGAGCGAGAAGUGGCUCAAUACAGAGCUCAGCGUGAGGCCGAGUUCAAGAAGAAGCUGUCCGACACCAGCGGUGAUUCUGGCGCAAACUUGAAGCGCCUGGAAGGUGAGACGGACGAGAAGAUCAAGCGUCUCAGCGGUGAAGCCGCCAAAGUUGCCCCGGAGGUUACUGCUCUCCUGAUGAAGUAUGUUAUCACAGUUAGGAAUUAGGGUAGAGCUGUGACUAAUUACAGUUCUUGGCCUUUUCCUUCGGAAGGGAGACGAUGCAGAAGUGUAUGAUUUUUUGAAGCAGACUGGUGUAUUGUUUGUGUAAAUAACAGUGCUGUCUUGUAUGCGCUGGAAUCAUAUUUCAUUGUCGGGAUCGGUAUCACUUUUGAGAGAUUCCUGGUUUGUGUAUCUCCAAGGUUCAAGCGAAGUUUUUCGAGCACUUCGUGCUGAUGGAAGAAACUCGAAUCGCUGUCUCUUAGAGGUGGUUGUGUUCUUUUGCAAGUUUUUAGGGGUAUUUCGAUGAACAAGCUCAAAGGGUUUUGGAUUAUCAAAUUUAUGUAGAUGUUUAACCUGAUGUGAAAUGUUUGAAGUUGGCCAUGUAGCGAAUGGCUUCCCAAACCACUUAUUGUUAUUGCUACCAUAGUUUGCUAUUGCCACCACAACCUGCCAUCUGUAACUUGUACGUGCUUUGAGAAGGUAAUACAAAAACAAUAAUUUAUUCA